AUGGCCGCAGUCAAGUUACAAAAGCUACUCAUCGUGUGUUUUGUGACGACCUACGUGGUGCUCACUUCCGGCAUGCCAACCAGUGAUGAUGCAGACAGCCUGUUGGAAAAGCUCCUCGACCUCUUUCCAUCGGACGACUCUCCAUCGAGAUUAAAUAACAGCCAAGUGAUUUCUGCAUUGCGAGGCGACAAUGAUACCAGCCUCUUGGAAGCGGUCCUCGACCUCUUUUCAUCGGACGACUCUCCAUUGAGAUUCAAUGACGUCAUUUCA